AGUUCCCCAUUGGUCUGGGUCGGGGUUCCAGGCGGCCCCCAGUGCACACAUGCACAGCACACCUGCCCGUAGCCACAGCCGUGCUCCCCGGACCAUGAGGCUGUCGCUGCCCCUGCUACUGCUGCUGCUGGGGGCCUGGGCUGUCCCUGGUGGCCUCGCAGACAGGGCCCCGCUCACCGCCACUGCCCCGCAGCUGGACGAUGAGGAGAAGUACUCAGCUCACAUGCCGGCUCAUUUGCGCUGUGAUGCCUGCAGGGCUGUGACCUACCAGAUGUGGCAACACCUGGCAAAGGCAGAGGCCAAGCUUCACCCCCCAGACUCUGGGGGGCGGCGGGAGCUGAGUGAGUCGGUAUACACCGACGUCCUGGACCAGAGCUGCUCCCAGACCUGGCAAGACUACGGGGUCCGAGAAGUGAACCAAGUGAAACGUCUCAGUGGCCCAGGACUUACCAAGGGGCCAGAGCCCAGCAUCAGUGUGAUGAUCACGGGGGGCCUCUGGCCUGCCAGGCUCUCCACGACUUGUUUGCACUACCUGGGGGAGUUUGGAGAAGACCACAUCUAUGAAGCCCACCAACGAGGCCGCGAGGCUCUGGAGGUGCUGCUGUGUGGAGGCCCCCGGGGGCCCUGCUCAGAGGCGGCGCCCGUCCCGAGGGCAGAGCUCUAGUGCACCUUCCUGGCGUGCCCCUGAGGAGAGCUGGGGCUUCCUGCGGGUCCGCGCCA